CUCUCCUCCUAUGAGUGCCAAAUAUACCCGCGCCCGUUCACAGUCCCCCGUCUCAGAUGACUCCCUCGACACCGUGUACCGCGUUGCCGCCAAGUCCCGCCGCCGCGCCUACAUCAAUGCCGCCAUUUCCCUCACUUUUCUUUCCUUCAUCGCUCUUGUUUCCUUUUCCUUCUGGACGUCAUCCCCCACUGCCAGUCGAGCUGCAGAACCCAGCCAUGACGAUUCCACCAACUUGCGCACAGGGAAUUCUGAUGUCCUUGAUCCUUCGAAUUAUGUGCUAGGGGCACCCACUGAGCACUUCAGAGAUAACCUUCGCCCCGACGUGCAGUACAUCACGUCUUGGAUCUCUGCCGGUUGGACGAAUGACGUGAUGACUUAUGUCAAUUUAAUCUAUCUGGGAAUAAUCACCGACCGAGUACCCGUCAUUCCAAUGUUCACGCCAUCGCACAUUGGUGGUUCCGUGCCCCCCAUUGCGUUCGGUGAUGUCUUUGAUGUUCCGCGCCUUCGGAAUGCUAUAAACAAGCCGAUCAUCGAGUGGCGAGACGUCAAAGAUCCGGCCAGUAACCAACUCGACAACCUAGGUUGCUGGAAUGUUUGGGAAUCUUCUCAGUAUCAAGAAGCACACCCGCGUGGAAGCCCCGUUCUAUACCAUCUUGGGCUAGAUAUCUCAUAUACCAAAAUGCCUGCCUGGAUCAAGCUGUAUCAAGACUUUGAACAUGACUAUUCCACGACCUUUUGGACAUUAGCGAGAUUCGCCUACCCCGAAACUAGAAAUGCAAACCUUGUGACGCCACUACCCUCGCCUGCCACGAACGUCUCAUUACCACCUGAUGAGCAGAUGCUUUGUUACGACUAUUUAUAUUACGUCUGCGCGCAACAGCCAAACGAGUUCGAAGCCGAUUUCAGUCCUGCAUGGCGCUUCGUCGCGCAGUAUAUGCAUUGGGUUCCUUCUCUAGAGCGCCUGGCGAAUGUGUAUACAAAUCGGGCCAUCGGUCUUGGAGACGACGAACCUACCCCUCCGUACAUCGGCGUCCACGUCCGCCAUUACGACUUUGAUCGCUAUUGCGGGGACAUGCCACUAACAGAUUGUUUUGCACCUAUUCCCGUCAUUGCUCGACGGGUACGGGAAGUCAAAGACGAAUUGUUGGCAACAAAAGGGCUUGACGUCAAAUAUGUCGUGAUGACAAGUGAUGAGAGAAACGCGAGUUGGUGGCAGGAGGUUGCAGAACAGGGUUGGUUCGCUCCAGAUCAUUCUCGCACCAAGGAGCUGCUUGGAGACUGGUACCCGGUCCUCAUUGAUGCGGCUAUACAAUCUGGCGGAGUAGGGUUCGUUGGCACGGAAAUGUCCACAAUGUCACUCCUCGCUCGUCGGCGAGUUGAGACAUGGCAGAAUGGCGUAACGAGAACUGUAAAGUGGGGGCAUCCGGGCGCGGAUGACCACUAGGGACUAACGGACUAACAUUAUUUAAUAUUUUCAUUCAUUUGGCAUGGACUGGACGUUUGGUGGUACAUCGUUCGCUGAUAUCUGCAUCAAUGUAAAAUAUUUUGAACCAUAGAAUAAUGUACGAACAGGAAUCAUUUGCUUCGGCGUUCUACAC